UUCUAGCUAGCUUAACACAGCUUAUUAACAGCUGCCUGGUUGCUAGACGACUCAAUCUCCAACACUGAUGAGAAAACAGAAACAUCUGCUGCGAAAGAAGACAACGUUUUAACGGAUUUCGGGGAAGCUAUGGUUAACAGUGUCUGUCACCGCAUCGCCGGCUCGUUACGUGGAGAAUCCGCAGUUUUAUGGACAGAAAUUUCGAGUUGUAGCACAGCUAACGUCUCUUUUGUUGCCCCAUGUUUUUACUACUACUACUGCUAGCAAGAGGGGGGAAACCUCAAGUGAGCUGCUUGACUUGGAAAAAAUGAGAGACUUACACACGGAGAAAGACAAGUUUUCCGACUUAACGUAACGUUUGUUUUCCUGCGAUGUUUAAUGCGACUGCUAAAAUGUCUCUGGAGGCGAGCGAUUUUCAAACAGAUGAAGACUGCGAGGAGCUGGCUGAUGAUGGCUUCUCUUUCUCGGCUGAUUUUUUGGAAAAGCAGAGAACACAGAGGAAACGAUCUUCUGGGAAGCCUCCUCCCUCUCCAAGGUCUCCGUACCUCUCCAGCCUGAAUGUGAACCCCAGAAGAGCAGCAGUGGCGGCUUGGAGAUUACCAAGGGCGUCCCUGGGGGACACCCGGCGAGAAAGUACUGGGGAGAGUGGUUCAGCUCGUCUCACAUCCCUCAGCAACGGCCAUGAUCUGUCCCAGACGCUGAGAUCAGAGUGUGACGUCAUGCCAGAGCUUCUCAAACAGACUUUGAGCAUGAGGAAACACAAACAUCUCCACUCUGCAUCCAAUGGCUUUACUUUUGGCACAGGUGACUACAGAGAGAAGGAGGACAUGUAUGAUGAGAUUAUUCGCCUCAAGAAGAGUCUCCAGGCGCAGAAGUCUGACAACCAGAAAAUGAAAGCCAAACUACGCCGCCUGGAGGAGGAUAACGCUAAAAGAGAGAAGCAGAUAGAAGAACUGCUGGAUCCCACUAAAGGAUCUGAGUAUACUCGUAGUUUGGUGGAUAAGAAAAAAGAAGGGAGUGUGGUUCUCAAUGGGCUGAAGCAGAGAAUCCUGAAGUUGGAGCAGCAGUGUAGAGAGAAAGAAAAUGCCCUGAGUAAACUGCAAAGUGAACUGAGGACCACCAACCUGGAGGAGCUGAAGAUCACAGUAGAAACCUACUUUGAAGAGAUCCAGAGACUGAGGAUGCUGCUAGAAGCUGCAGAGAAAAGUAGUCGAGCAGAGAGUAAAUGCUCCCAGAGGCAGCAGAGAGCUUUGAGCUCCACGGUUCAUCGUCUGACGGAGAACCUGAAGCAGCUCCAACAGGAGAACACGGCACUGAGAGAAGAACUCAACACUGACAGUCCUGCUGGAGGAAUCAAAGGUUACAGAGACUGGAGUAAACAGAGACUGUUGCGAAGGCUGUUAGAAGUGGAGAAGAGGCCGGAGGACGGCAGAAGACACGCCCAGUCGGCGAAGAGCAGCGGCCGAUUGGAUCAGGAGGUCCAGGCCACACCCGCUGAGAUUCUGGGGUUUACCAUGGCAACAGAGGCAGUGGUCUCCGUGGGAACAAUCACUGAAGAAGGGGAGGAGGUUUCAGAUCUGAGAGAACGCUUCAGCCAAUUGGAGAAGGAGAGGGUGGAGCUACAGGAGACAUUGUCAAGUAAAGAUGAUGAGCUCAGACAGUUGAGGACAGAAAGGGAAAAACUGGAGAAAGAAACAGAGCAAUGGAAGGCUGAACAAACAAAUGAAUGGAAUAAGCAGCAUAAAGAGGAACUGGAACAGUUGUGGUCAAGGAUCCAAACUCUGGAGGACGACAAACUCAAACCCGCACAAGCUGAGCUCUCCUCACUCUCCCCCACAACGGCAGUGGACUGUGAGGACAGUCCAAGCAGAUCAGGUGUGAAGGAGGGUGAGGAGGGGGACGCUGAAGGUGGAGAGAAAGAAGGGGAAAGACAUGAGGAUUUGGGUGAAGAUGCAGAGGAGAAGAGGAGUAUGAGAAGGCAACAUGAAGAAAGAGAGAAAGCGGCAAGGGCCAUCCAGACAAACUGGAGGGAGCACAGAAAUAGGGACAUUGUGAUGUUGCAGUCAGCACUAAGAGGCCAUCUCCUCAGAGAGUCCAAGCUCAAGGACCUGCUGAAAGACACACAGAAUAAGGUUGUAGAAGCAACAAGCCGCAGUGAUGUAGCUUCCUCUGAAGGUGGGGAGAUGGAUGUGGUUGCCUUGACGAUGAUACAGUCUGCAUUCAGGGGACACCUGGCUCGCUGUAGUCUUUCAACAGAAAGCUCAGGGUUCUCCGUGCCUUCUCUAGUGGGAAACAGUUUGCCCAUGCUGGUACCAAGAACUCACUCAACAACCAGCAGAACAGAUGCUGCAUCCGUCCAUAACGAGGAGAAAAAGCAGGGUGAUGAAGACUCAUGGCCUGUCUCUAGCACUCAUGCCUCCAGGUUGACACCCACAACAGACCAAACAGAGCUCCACUGCACAGCUGAGUCUGGAGGAGCCGCUGCAAUCGAUUCUGAUGAUUCUGAUGAUAUCAUUGUGUCUCCAUCACGCCCUCUGAGAAGCAGAGAAGUCUUAAUCUUAUAGACCUCCUGAGUUGUGUGAGUUAAUGUGUGUGUGUGUGAGAGAGGAGAGAGAGGGUGUAGACAGGAAGAAAUUACGCCUGUGUUUCUACUCAGAGCCUAAAUGUCUGAAGCUUGAAUGGCCGUGUUUUUGUCCAGGUUCUUACACCUGCAAAUGAUAGCUGGGAAAUUCCAAUAACUUACACAAUAUUUGCCGAUAAAAUGUCUUAUUUUGCUGUCUGUAAGAGCUUUUCCCACAGUAAUAACCAGAAUAUUCUGGACAGUCAGAUGCAGGAUCUUUUAUGACAUGGAAACAAUGGCACACCAACAUGAUCAUGCUCUUAUUUAUGAUACCAUCACAAUAUAUAGAUGGCUCCAUUGUCUUGACUGAAUCAUUGCCCAGUUCAGUGUUUAAACACUUGGACCAGAGGCCCUUACAGAUAUAUUAUCAAAGUGGAGGAAAAAGCACUUGUGAACAUGAAAUUACCCCCUCCCAUCCCCAUAUUCAUUUGGAUCUGUUAUUCUUGUGGUUUAUCAUUGGAGCCAAAUCUCCUCAGUGGCUGUUUGCCAAAGUGCCUACUUGCAGGAAUAUUCAAAAUAAAAUUACAGUAGUAAACACUUUGAUUUUUGUUCACCUGACUGGUCCAAGUGAGCCCCAUCACUGUAGAUUCCUCUGUACUUCACAGGCUUGAAAUAAUUAAUGAAUCAUAUUUUGACACAUGAGAUGUGUAACACAUAAAUGUCCUCACACUAAUCUAUCAUGUAUGCUUAAUAAAUUAUGGCUGAUUCUGAGGUAUGAUUGAGGGAUGAUUCUCAACUGAUGCACUAUUGAGCCAAACUGUGAAUAAAUUAUAGAUCAGCCUGCUGCAAUACUAAACACACACAGUCAGUACAGUGGAGAUUUCACAGGGAAUAUGUCUAAUGCCAAUAAUGUUUGUGCUCUGAAAUGAUAAUAACCUGUAGGGAGGUCAGCAACAAGAAGCAGGAGUGCAGUUUCCACAUGAUGUAUGUAACUUUAUUUCUGACGUUCAAUAAAAUGCUGUUUUUAUAAUAAAA